AUGGAAAAAGAAUUAGCCAGAGCUUCAUCCAUGUUAGGAGUAACGUCAGAAUUGGCAAUCACGGCUUUCCCAGUUAUCUAUCCAAUUAUCAGAGAGCUUAAUCUCCUUAGCUCCGAAAUUGGAAGAAUGUCAUUAUCCACUGCCUUAAUAAGUGAUAUAAUUGGAAUUCAAUUUGUUGUUAUAUUUGAGGCAGCUAAACAAGCGGAGCAUAAAAGUAUGGCUGCUUUGUGGUUUCUCAUUUAUUCAUUUUUGAUUGGAGCAUCCAUUUUUGGAGGUGUUAGACAGAUUAUGAUAUGGAUAAUAAAAGCAACCCCGGAAGGGAAGUCAGUGGAGCAAAUUUAUGUAGUUUUCAUACUCUUAGGAGUAUUGCUUACUGGUUUCUUAUGUGAUUUGGGUGGUAUUGCAGUGGCAAAUGGACCACUUUGGUUGGGACUCGCCAUUCCAGAUGGCCCACCAUUAGGAGCUACAUUGGUCGAAAAGACAGAGACAAUUGUCAUGGACAUUCUCAUGCCAUUUUCAUUUGCAUAUGUUGGAAUGUUCACUGAUAUUUCAUCUAUCUAUACUCAUUGGCCACAUCUUCAGCCUCUAUUUUUUAUGGCUCUCACAGCUUAUCUUGUUAAAAUGGUUACUGUCCUCUUUACUUCCUAUUUUUUUAAUAUGCCAUUCAGAGAUUGUCUUGCUCUUAGCCUUGUAUUGAGCCUAAGAGGUGAAGUUGAGCUUUUGAUCUUCAUUCACUGGAUGGAUUUGAAGAUGAUAACGAGACCAUAUUUCACAAUGCUAGUGCUAAUGACAAUUGGGGUGACAUCUAUUGUGACUCCAUUGAUCAGUAUAGUUUAUGAUCCAACGAGGCCUUAUAUGAUUAACACAAGAAGAAAUAUUCAACAUACUUCUUUAAACACUGAGUUGAACAUUAUAGCUUGUAUACAUGACGAGGAAAACGUGUUUGGUAUAAUAAAUAUUCUAUUUGAAGUGUCUAAUUCAACUGCUCCUAGGACUUCCAUGGUUCAUGCCUUGCACCUAAUGGAACUAGUUGGUCGUGCUGCCCCUAUUUUUAUCGAUCACCAAGAAUCGGUAAAUACAGAUCAAAAUCCAAUCCAUAAUGUAUUGAAGCAUUUUGGUGGAGAAAAUAUCACGAUUAAUUUGUAUACAUCAUAUUCUCCUAAGAGGAGCAUGUAUCAAGACAUAUGCAAGUUGGCACUAGAAAAGAAAGCCUCCCUUAUUAUACUUCCCUUUUAUAAAGGCACUCAAGUACUAACAAGACAAGGGGUUCAAUUAGUGAACUCUAAUGUCUUAAACCAUGCUCCUUGCUCAGUUGGGAUUUAUGUGGACCAGGGUGCUUCCCCUACUAGUAAUAAUUAUAAUGUAGGUAGACGGUCAUCAAUUAACAAUUUUGCUCUACUUUUUAUGGGAGGAUCAGAUGCUAGGGAGGCGCUUUCUUAUGCUGAUAGAAUUGCUGCAAAUCCAGAUGUAUCACUUACUGCUAUUCGUUUCCUUUCCCAUAAUGGUGAAGGGGAUAAUGAGAUCGAGAAGAAAUUAGAUGAUGGUCUUGUAACAUGGUUUUGGGUGAAGAAUGAAGGUAAUGAAAAAGUUGUGUAUAAGGAAGUUGUGGUGAAGAAUGGGGAGGAUACAAUCGCAGCACUUCACACAUUGCAGAAUGAACAAUUCUUUGAUCUUUGGAUACUUGGGAGAAAUCAAGGCAUAAAUCCUGUGCUAUUACAGGGAUUAACACAUUGGAGUGCUCAAAAUGAACUAGGAGUUAUAGGAGACUUUCUUGUCUCAAUGAAUUCAGGUACCACAACUUCUAUUUUAGUGAUGCAACAACAAAUUUUAAGAGGCCAAGAACCCACUUCUCUUGGUUUUCUACAAAAAAUUGCAACUUGUCAAUAGUA